AUACGUCUUGCCAUUCCUUGCAUGUUGUGCUGUGAAAGAGGCAUAAUGAAGGAAGACAGGGAUAACCCUCUGGCGCUGUCAUCCAAGAAACCAUGCCAGGGCCAGACGGACCAUGGACAGGAGCUAGUGAGGCUGCGAGCUGAUUGGGAAGCAGAGAAGAAGCUAACACAGCGGGCCAGUGGACACCUCUCAGUGGAGCUUAGGCACCUGCGGCAAGAAGCAGAGAAGGAACAGCAGAGGGCUGUGAGGGAGCUGGCGGCCAGGCGAGGGUGCCAAAAGGACAGGCACUUUGACAGAUACCAGCGCCUGCUGGCUAAGGAGGUGAACAUUAAAGGCAGUGGACGACACACUGAAGUUGAGUCCAAAGAGAAAGAGGCUUUUUGUUUGUGCAGUGGAGAAACGUAUACAAAUCUGAAGCAGUUGCUGCUGACGCUGUAUGAGAAGAUAAAUGGUGAGCAGGCAGUCUAUAAAUUGCAUCACAGGCAGGAAUUGGAGCUAGAAAAGGCCAUCUUCCUCUGCCACCUGCUAGAGGCCAAUGGAAGACUGUUGCAGGGGAGGCAGCAAGCAGGACUCCCCAGCUCCAAUUUUAACAGUCCCUCAAGAAAGACAACUCAGGAAGAGGGCAGUAACUCGCGUCAGAAAAAGCCUUUUCUAACCUCCUCCAGGGCCUCGCCACAGAGAUCCCAGACUGCCUCCCACUCACUUAAAAAGAAAACCAAACAAGAUCGAAGAGAGGAGCCUUUAGGGAGGGCCGUGGGUGCAGCUGACCCCUGCACCUCCGCUGCAGUCGUGGACACCUGUCGGAGUGGCUCUCUGAAAAUUUGUCACCCUCACGACGCUCCCCAUGCAGGCUGGGACCACCAGCCCCCCUUCUGCGCUGAGUCCUCUGGGUCAGACAAGUCACCGCCCUCCAAAUGCAUGGAUACAAACAUGGAGAAUGGUACUGACUAUGGAUUCCUGGUACGUCAGAACUCUGAACUCUUGCGAGCCCUCGAUGAGCUGGAGAAGACUUGUACCACACUGAGGGAGGAGAAUGGCCUGCUGCGGAAGAGCAGCGCCCCAGAGACGGAGGAGAAGGUCAGGCGGCUGAGGAGAAAGAACACAGAGCUGGCUGUUCUUGCUAAGCGGCUGGAAGAGAGGGCUCGGAAACUGCAGGAGGCCAACCUCAGAGUGGUGAAUUCCCCGUCACUAAUGAGACCCGGCUCAGUGGAACAGUACAAGAGGGCGUUUGCUCGCCAGCGAGCUCGUGACCUGGCCCAACACGCUGACGCUCUGCUGUCUAAAGACAAAGAGAUCGCUGCCCUGCAGCAAGAGUGCAGAGAGCUGGAGGCGCAGCUGGGCACCACCAAGGGCUCCCCUGUUCCAUCUGGCAGGGUGGAAUUCGAGAGGCUUCUCCGAGAGUCUCAGAGGGAGGUGCUGCGGCUCCAGAGGCAGCUGUCGGUCACAUCAUCCAGACAGCGGCACAGCCAUAGUCCUGACCCCGGGGGCACAGAGAAGUGUGGGGAUAUUAAGGAGGAGGAGGAGGAGGACGACGAGGAGGGGGAAGAGAAGGUUGUAGGAGAGACCCCGUGUGUGGUAUUAGAUGAAGCUCCAUCCAGGUGUGAGAAGACUCCCGGAGAGGAGGAGGAGUCGGGGCUGCGAGUAACGCCCCAAUCGGGCCUUAGCCCGACCCCCUCCCGUCAGGAGGAACACACAGAGGAGCAGCACCUACAGUUUCUGGAAAGUGAGCUGAGCAAGAAGAGAAAAGAAUGUGAAAACCUCGAGCAUGAAGUAAAGAAGCGACAGAAGAGAUGUCUGGAUUUGGAGAGCCAGCUUGAGGAUGAGCGAGGCAAAAAUGAGCAACUAAAGGAGGAGGCAGAUCUCCUCAGGAGGAAAGCGCAGCUGCUCGACCAGACUCGGGCUGAGAAUGAGGAGCUGAGGGAAGAUCUCUCUGAAGUGACCGCUCAACACAAUUCAGUUCUCGAGGAGAACCAGAGACUCCGUGCCAAACUGGAGAACCUAGAGCAGGUCCUAAAGCAUAUGCGAGAGGUCGCCGAGCGAAGGCAGCAGCUGGAAUUGGAACAUGAGCAGGCACUGGCUAUCCUUAAGUUCAAACAGGAUGAAAUCAAACGGUUACAGAGGGCUCAGUUAUACGCCAAGAGGGAGCAUGAAGGAGUGGUUCAGAUGCUGGAGGAGUUGACUCAGCUUGUAUUGCGGAGGGAGCUGUCAAAGGUACGAGACCUGGAGGACAAAUGUCGCAGCCAGAGCGAACAGUUUGGCUUACUGUCCCAAGAGUUGGAUAAGUUUCGACUGCAGGCCUCCAAGGCGGACCUGGCCGGCGCUAGCCUCUUUAACAACCCCGGCCUCUCUGUUCUGACCAACGGGGUGGGCCUGACUACAGAGCGAGACUGCACUGGCUCAUGGGACAUGGUGUCUCUGGGUGAAAUAGCCUUCUGGAGUCUUGAGGGAGGUGACACUCUCUCCUGCCCCGAGGAUGUGGCGGCUGCGCUGCGGCUGGGGGCCACCCCCCACGCUGCAGGCCUGUCCAGGGUGGAGCGCUCCCCCGUCACCAAGCAUCGAGAGCUGCCCACCAUCAGUGUCAGCAAGUCAGGCUCCACCUCCAGCAAGUCAGAAACCACACACCUCACCCCCAAGUCUGACACCCACCUCAGUCCGCACAAAUCAAGCCCUACACAUGAGGUGGACACUGCCAGUGAAGUGGAGGAGCUGGACAUUGACGUAGCCCCAGCUCCUUACACAGCCAGCAGAGGGGCAGCAAAGCUUCAGGUUUUCAUUGCAAGAUACAGCUAUAAUCCAUAUGAUGGCCCCAAUGACAACCCUGAAGUGGAGCUUCCUCUCACUGCUGGAGAAUACAUCUAUGUGUAUGGAGACAUGGAUGAUGACGGCUUCUAUGAAGGUGAGCUGAUGGACGGACGCAGAGGGCUGGUCCCCUCUAACUUUGUGGAACGUGUAUCAGACGACGACGUCAUGAGCACUCACCAUCCAGAGACGGCGGACAUGUCCCAUAACUCCCUGCUAGACAGCAGCCUGCACAGUGCCAGCCACCAGCAUCACCUCCACGUGGGCGUCAGCGCCUCAGAGAGGACAGAGGUCUCUGCUGCCUCUGGCCCUGCCUCAGCCCCCUCAGAUUCAGCAUCGGCCUUGGCUGUCCCAGCCCCCCUCACCAACGGCCUGGACUUGGAUUUGGAGGAGGUGGGAGUGGACAUUGUGCCUUACCCACGUAAGCUUACCCUCAUCAAGCAGCUUGCCAAGAGCAUCAUCAUCGGCUGGGACCCUCCGUUGGUGCCGGCUGGGUGGGGCAAUGUGUGGAGCUAUAAUGUGUUUGUGGACCAGGAGCUGCGGCUCAACGUGCCCUUCGGUGCCCAGACCAAAGCGGUUCUGGAGCGGUUGGACAUAAACCUCAAGGCCUACCGUGUGUCAGUGCAAAGCCUGACGGAGAAGGGCCCCUCGGACCAGCUCCGCUGCAGCAUGCUGGUCGGUCGGGACGUUAGUGUGGCGCCCACGCAGCUGCGCGUGGAGAGGAUCACCGCCACCUCUGCCAACCUGACCUGGCUGCCCAGCAACAGUAACUAUGUGCACAUUGUGUCCUUGAAUGAGGAGGAGUGUGAGCUGGUGAAGGCUGGCUGCUGCUCGCUGUGCCUCAAUAACCUCUUGCCCAGCCUGCAGUACACAGUCAAAGUGGAGGCGCGUCCGCACCGCACGCCAUGGGAGUUACCUGUGGAGCGACGCGAACACAGAAGCGCUACAAUCACCUUCAGCACACUGAUGGCAGGUCCCCCUGAUGCUCCUCUGGAUGUCCAGCUGGAGCACGGCCCCUCCCCGGGCAUCGCCCUCAUCAGCUGGCUGCCAGUCACUAUAGAUGCUGCCGGGACCUCCAACGGAGUCCGUGUCUCUGGAUACACCAUAUAUGCUGACAAGAAAAAGGUGCUGGAGGUGUCCUCUCCAACAGCCGGCAGCGCCCUGCUGGGCCCCUCUCAGAUGCAGUCCCUGCUGGCAGCUCAGGAGCUCACUGUCCGCACCAUGUCCGCCCACGGGGAGUCCUGCGACUCUUUGCCAGUCAAUGUGCCCUCCAAGCUGGCUGCCAUCAUGGCAGGUCCAGCUAUCACCACCCCAGUUGUGCCAGCCCUCCCCUGCAGCCCUACAGGCUGCAGUAACCUGCCCUCUCCGCCGUCCUACGGGAACUCUGCUGCCAAAGUCUCCAUGCUGCCCAGCACGCUGCCAUCAGACACCAACAUCACUGGCCUCACAGUGGAGGUUGCUGCCAACCCUCCUCAUGCUCUCCACUCAGAAAAUCUACUCGUAUCUACUUCAUAUGUGAAGGCCUGGGCCAACCCCUCUUCUGCUGCUGCCUUCGCUGAGUGUGGGGCCAUAUUGCCAGUAGCCUCCACCAUUAGUCCAGUGGUUAAUAUCACCUCUCCACCCGCAUCAGCACCUGUACCAUCUCCAGUAGCAUCACCUGCACCAGCACCAGUGACAGCAGCAGCAGCAGCAGUGCUGGAGCAGCGCAGAGACACAGACAGCCCUGGAACCAUACGUCCUUUCCCAUCUUUCACAGAGUUCAUCGAGGACUCCAGUGCCAAGCUCAGGACCCCCGAGCCCAUCCCUCCCCCACCCAAUGCCCCCAUCACGGACUUCCUUAACCUUCAGGACGUUAACCUCCACAGACCCCCCAUCUCCUCGCCGCUGGGGUCAGAGGCAGAGGACGAGGCAGAGAAUACCCGCUUGGUGUCCAUCGAGGAGUUCUUGAGACAGGACCAAGAGCCAGCCUACAGCAGGAAGCAGCAGCUUUACAGCAGAGGGCUCGUGGAGCCUCCCAGCGACUACCACGCAGACAACAGCCGCUCAGACUUGUCUGACAUCCUGGAGGAGGAAGAGGAGGACCUUUACUCUGACCACCUCGGAGAAGCUCAGGCCAGGGGUUACACAGUCGCAGCAAACAGGUCCCGUAAGUUGGCGACUCCAGACAGCGAUGAGGACGUGGUGGAGAGGAUCAUCACGUUGCCUCCUCAGGUCCAACAUCACAAGCAGCUGUUUAGCAUUCCUGAAGUGACAGAAGAAGAAGAUAGCAGUCAAGAAGAGCCUUUAACUCGCCACGGCCAGCCUCAGUCCAGACACAGCCACCUCCGCCCCAGAGACUCAGAGCGGCUCCACCAUGCCCCCCAGCACCACCCGCAUCACAACAACCCCCACCCCCACUACCCCCCUCACCAUCACCACUUCAACAGGGAUCCCAGAUCCCUAACCAAAGAGCCUUUACUCAGGCACGGAGCCCUGCAGGCCAAGCCUAAGACGCAGCACAGGGUGCACUACGCAGACACGGUCGACACCAUCAGUUACCCUGAAGAAGACGACAGGAGUCUAUAUGAGGGUCCCAGCAGCAGGCGGGCGGUGGCACGCUGUCCCACCCAGCUGACCCCCACCAGCAAAGCGCUGCUGAAAGGCCUAGGGGACCGCCUUAGGAGGGAGGCCAUGCUCAGGAGUCAGAUGACCGUUGCCGCGGCAGCAGCCAACCCCGGUCAUGGUGGUAACCCAGCGAGACCCUGCCCAAUCAGCAAAACAGUACGGACCGUGAGGUCACCUGUGGGUCGCGGGGUAGAGAUCGAUGUGGAGUACGGCACAGAUGACAACGAGGAGCCUGAGGAGUUCCCACAGGGGGAGGUGGUGAUGGAGCAGAUGAGCUCUGAGUGGUGGGUAGCGGGGGCUCAGUCGGAGCACAGCAGACCUGCUCACCGCCGAGCGAUGAAGGCCGAUCCGCUGGAGCCCAGCCAGAUCCCUGCUGCUGAGGCCGGCCCGUCGUGGGGAGCACAGGCUGAGCUCUCUUCUAAACCAGCAUGCUUGCAGGCCAAGCAAUUCAAAGGUGGUGUUGAUUCACCAAAGACAAAAGGAGACGGUGACGUCCGUAUCUUUGUGGCCCUCUUCCCCUACGAUCCUGCCACUAUGUCGCCCAAUCCUGAUGCUGCUGAGGAAGAGCUGCCCUUCACUGAAGGACAGAUCAUCAAAGUUUACGGAGAUAAAGAUCCUGACGGGUUCUACCGAGGAGAGUCCGCUGGUCAUCUGGGCUAUGUUCCAUGCAACAUGGUUUCUGAGAUCCAGGUGGAGGAUGAGGAGACCCGGCAGCAGCUCCUGCAGCAGGGCUUCUUGUCCACAGCAGCCUCCAUGGAGAAGAUCGUGGAGUCUGCAGCACUCUGGGAGGAGAGCGUAGACUCCUCCAGCCAAGAUCCCAGCCAGACUGCCACUGCUGCAGCUGUGGGGAACCCAGCCCCCGGAGCUCGCAGGAUGGUCGCCAUCUUUGAUUACGAUCCACGAGAGAGUUCCCCCAACACUGACAUAGAGGCUGAGCUGACCUUCAGUGCAGGAGACAUCAUACAUGUGUUUGGUGACAUGGAUGAAGAUGGCUUCUUCUACGGAGACUUGAAUGGACACAGAGGCUUGGUGCCCUCGAACUUCCUGCAGGCCUUACCAGACGAUGCUCCACCCGGCCCUCUCUCUGCUCACCCUGCACCAGAACACAAGAAAGAGUCACAGGGUACCUGGACGUCUUCUACAGAGCCACGAGACCCUCGACCCUCCACCCCAGAAGGAGCUUUGCCCCCCAAAACAGACCCCCCCUCCCCCGACCCGACAGAGCCCACAGAGCUCCGACCCAAACUGACUCCGGCUGCAAGCCUCCCAUCAGACCUGGACCCUGCUCCAGGCCCACCUCCGGCUCCAGCAGCAGUGGAGGCCUGCUGCUCCCCCCCUGCCCCCCUCCCAGCAGACCCCCCGACACAGACUGACUGCUCUGCACAAGCCAAGAAGAAGAAAAGCUUUUUCUCCAAAGGCAAGAAGCUGUUCAAAAAGCUGGGAUCCAGCAAGAAAGAAUGAGAGUCAGGACACCUGACUCAGAAUACUCGCGUCACAUUGAAAGCACUUUUUCUAUCUUCACUGUUAGUCUCGGUUGGUAGUCGGUUCGGUUAGUGGCCAUCAGAUCUAAUAACUGAUGCUUUAACCGUCAGUAAUUAUACAUUGCCUUAGAGCUCUGCUAGCAGCUGUUAAAUUUAGAGUGCAUCAGCAUACAUACAUGCUUACAGCAACACACGAGCAUGUAGAAAUGCAUGUGGAGUGUGCAAACACACAAAUAUACUCUAAAUACUACCUAUCUAUCUAAGCAUUUGCAAUUUUUCAACUAAAAAGGCUUUAAUGCUAAACAUGAAACGGAUAUCUCUUUAUGGAUUGGUUUAAUUUAAAGCAAACGAUAUUGAACCGCAGAUCCGACUUCAGCCCAGCUCAGACACGGCUAAUUUAAUAUUAGCUUUAAUGUUCAUGUACUGGUGCCACUUUAUUUAUUUGAAGCAAACAAACAGAAGCAGCAGUCGAUCUCUUCCUCUGUGUGACUACAAAGAAUGCACUAUGUAUUUUAAAUAUCUUUCUGCUCGUCUCUCACAUGUGUUUCUCACCUUUAAGAGUAUUUAUAUCUAUACUUUGUACAGAACAUGUUAUUUAUUUGUCAGACUCUUGCCCCAACCAUCACCACAUUGCAUGAAUCAGGGCAGGAAGUUAGUCAUAUAGAGCUGUCAGAGACAGUGGUGAUGUCUAGUUUAGAUCUAAUUAGUUAAAGGGUUUGACGUUGAGACUGGUUAUUGAAAGUAAAGAAGGUGAAGGGUUGUCCUUCUUUGGUGUGUGUGUGUGACGUGUGUGUGUGAUGUGUGUGUAUGACGUGUGUGUGUGUGUGUGGCUGAAGCUGUCCAGUCCAGUGGUGAGACUGAAAACAGAUGCCUUUCUCUGACAUUAACACAGGAGCUCUCCAUGUUUGUGACAGCAGUCACAACCGGCCUAAAUGUUGCAUACUGCAUAUUUUCUGUCUGUGUGUGAGUGUGAGACAGAGACCUGCAGCAGGUGAAAACAAAGUGAUCUGGUGAUCAGUAGGCUGCAACUAAUGAUCAGUACUCAAUCAUUAGCGAUUAAUCAAUUAAUCUUUUGGCCAGUAAACCUGUAAAAAACAAUCACAGUUUCAGUCCCCCCAACAGUUAAAGAAACCUAAAGAUAUCCAAUUAAAUAUCAUGUAAGAUAAGGAACAAAAGGUAAAUUCUGACAUUUGAGAACCUAAAAUUCAUCAAAUAUUAAGUGUUUCUGCUUAAAUUGAUUGUCCUCGGAGUUGAUUAAAAAUGCUUUCACCAUUGACGAAUCUCCCCAAAUAUACAAAAUCAAGACAAAUGUUCCGGUUUUAAAAUAGUUUGAGUCUUUUAAAUUGGGCUGUGCUUAGUUUUUGAGUAGUUUUUGCAUGUCUAUGAAUUUGGUUUAUACCUGUUUUUUUUCUGCACAUUGGCAGAUAAAAAUGAGGAUGCACUAGUAUUUUUCAAUAUUUGGAUUCCAGUUGAAGUAGCAUAGGAUUGUUUCCAACUACUCUGAUCCAAACAUUUCCAAUAACUCCAUAGCACUGUGAAGUCCAAAAGGUUUUCUCCAGUGUUAUACAGGAUCUGGUGCAGCCACAAUGAGAGUCAAACCCACAGACUGACCAACAAAGUAUUCAGUCAAACUGAACUGAACUGAUAUCAAACAUGUAUGGACGACAACAACUGCAGCAUUUUAUCAAACUUUCCUCAACUUUAAGCUUCACUACUCUGAAUUUUUUUGAAUGAAACAUAAAAAAAGCCGAACUUUGGAGCGUUAUUUCGACAACUAAACAUAAAGUAUAAUAAUGCCAUGAUCAGUGAGUUAGCUACAAUUUUAAGAUUAUGAUUAUGAUUAAGAUUCCCUUAUUGGUCCCACAACUGGGAAAUUCAACCUCUGCAUUCAACCCAUCCCUUUUACACUCCAGUGAACGCACCAUGCUUAGGAGCAGUGGGCUGCACGUUUCUGCACCCGGGGAGCUGUGGGGGGUUCGGUGCCACUCCUGCUGAUUUAAAAAAAAAAAAAAAAAAAAGAAAUCUAAAAAUUUAAAUGUGAUUAUUCUCAAACAAGUUCUGGUCAGUCUGAAAACCUUUUGGACUAAUUGAUUAAUUGACCAUCUGCAGCCUUACUGCCCUACAAAACCUAACUGCAGUAACUACAUUUUUGGUCAAAAUUGAGUUAUAACUAAAAAUGAACUCCUUGUUGUCUGUUUCAUCUUGUGAAAAAGUUUUAGAUUUCAAUUUUGAUUUAUUUCAGAGAAAUAAUUAUAUAAAAAAACACAAAAUCCAAAUCAAAACCAAAGCAAACCGCAGUAAGUUCAUUUACCGCUUAUAACAAAUUCAGUUUUAAAAUGUUUAUUCACUGAAACAAAAUAUUAAAGCUGAAAGAACACAACAGCAUUGUAGUUACUACACUCUGUUUGUGCAUUACUAUUAGAACAGCAGAGUACAGCAACUACAUUUUUGGGUUCAAAGAAUGAAAAGAAAAAUUGUCAUGAUUUUUGAGCUUAUAAAUAACAUCAAUACAUGUUGAAAUAAGUGUCAUAUCACUUACCUACCUAUAACUCAUUUGGCUUUAAUAACUUUAAAGCAGUUUUUCUCAGUUUUGCCCGUUGCGUAGUUACUGCAGUUAGGCUUUGUAGGGCAUCUUAGCUAAUUAAUACUCCAAAUUCACAAAAUAUUCUAGAUAAAUGAAAUAGUCACAUUAGAGAAUGAAACAGUGUUAUAUACAUACAGUAUAUAAGCCUUUAGGAUUCAUUAUUGACUGUUGAACGUAGCAUGCAGGAACAACACUUUAAAUGCUCAUUUAAAGUGAGUUUUCAUUCUUGACACUGGUGGAUUGUGGCUCUGUUGUACUGUGAAAGACUCUGCAAUAACGUGUCUGUGUAUCUUUACUUUGCCUCCAUGUUUGAGUACAAUAACAUUCUGGUGUGUGAACAUUUGGUCGGACAAGCUAAACCGUGUCUCUCGGUUAGUUUGUGUCCACACACUGGCAUCAUACAGACUGUUUAGUUAAAGCUAAAAAACAUUAGCAUUAUAAAUAGAUACAUAUAAACAUUAUGUAUCCUCUAAUGGUUGACUCACAUUACUGUGUAGUACAAGUGUUGAGUUUUGGUGGGAGUGUGUGGACCCGGCCUUAGUAUUGAGCUCAGUUACAACUCAUUCUGAUUGGAUGGUUCAUCUGUGUGACACAGGGCUGUUCGGUAACUUCUCAGGUUUUUACUUGUAGUUUCUUAUUAAUGCUGAGCCACGUGUUGACUCCGGCUGUCAAAAAAAACUGCAGAAUAUGCCAAAAUCUUAGGUGCUUUGCCUGUUACCAUAGCUACGAGAGACCAAGCAGCAUGAGGGCGAGGCGGGGUUGAGGCCUGGAGGUUCGUUUUUGAAAAAAAAAAAAAAAAAAAUCCGACCUGAUUUCACUCACGCUGUCACACAUUGUUUUCUCUUUAACGUCAUGAAUGUUUUUAACUGUUUGUCAGUGUUACAUAAAGGGAGCAUGAUGAUGCCAAGAAUAAAAGGGAGGGCGGAUCGACAAAGACACUUUAGAUGUAAUAUAGCCGGGAUAGAAGCAAGACUGAGGCUGUACUGUAUGUUUUAUUUAUUUAUUCUUUUUUUUUUUAAAGGGGGUUUGGAUGCUCAAAAGUUGCCGAAAUGUACAGUGAAUAUUUGUACUGAUCUUGUAAUUGACGGCCUUUUAAUGCACAAGUAUUCCUCUACCUGCUGUGUAGUGAGUAGGCGGCUCCGCUGUUGACUGAAUAGCACCCACAUAGCUCGUCUUUUAGCUCAGUUGAUCAUAUUUAGCCUUACAAGAAGACCUUGUUUAGUCUUAAUAUGUUGUUUACAGGAUGUUUAUUGACUGCAUGCAUACCAAUGUUUAUACCCAUGUUCGGCCUUAUUUAUGUUACUGUCAUAUUUAUGUUUUUCUA